CGUGAUGACCAAUUCUAUUGGUUUAUUGACGCGCUUAAACUUCGCAAACCGUACAUCUGGGAAUACAGCCGCCUUAAUAUGACAAAUACUGUGUUGUCUAAGCGUAAGCUGACUUGGUUUGUCGAAUCGGGAUUAGUCGAUGGAUGGGAUGACCCACGUUUUCCGACAGUGCGAGGCAUCAUUCGCCGGGGAAUGACUGUUGAAGGUUUACGAGAAUUCAUAAUUGCUCAAGGAUCUAGUAAAUCAGUAGUCUUUAUGAAUUGGGAUAAAAUAUGGGCAUUCAAUAAAAAAGUAAUUGACCCAAUUGCACCUCGGUACACGGCUCUCAAUUAUGAAAACCGUGUAGUCAUAAAUGUUGAGGGCGCAAAAAAAGAAACUGUUGAAGUACCUGUGCAUCCGAAAAACGAAAGUCUUGGAAAAAAAACUGUCACAUUUGGUCCCCGCGUAUAUAUUGAUUAUGAGGACGCUGUUACCUUGAAAGAAGGUGAAAAUGCUACAUUUAUAAAUUGGGGAAAUUUGUUAAUCAAAAAGGUGUACAGAGAUAGCAAUGAAAAAGUAAUAAAGGUUGAUGCCACUUUAAAUUUGGACAAUAAAGAUUUCAAAAAAACAUUAAAACUUACUUGGUUGGCUGAGGAAGACGACGAGUCUGCAUAUCCACCUACAUACUGCGUUUACUUUGAUAACAUUAUUAGUAAGGCGGUUUUGGGCAAAGAUGAAGAUUUCAAACAGCACAUUGGUCACAAAACCAGAGAGGAAUUGAAAAUGCUGGGUGAUCCUGAACUCAAAAAAUGUAAAAAAGGUGAUAUCAUUCAGCUUCAACGGCGUGGUUUCUUCAAAGUUGACGUCGCUUAUGCUCCAGCCAGUCCUUUUUCAAAUGCUAUUACACCAGUCAUUUUGUUCUCAAUACCAGACGGUCACACCAAAGAUAUGCCUUCAUCAGGAUUGAAAAUAAACGCUAACUCAAAAGACGUCCGCAAAAAUGUGAGUAUGACAGUUAGGUCAAAUCGCAAAAUAGACAAAUAUUAUCUGAAGGGUCCGUUAUCAAUUACUUUCUGCUUUAUAGCAGAAUUCAAG